UCGUGCUUGGCAAGUCUCUUGACCAUUCCCCCUCCACCAACAGAAAAAACCCACCACCAACAACCAAGACCAAACCCAUCAAGAAAGAAAGAACACGAUGACCCACCAUUCACACCCUCAAACCAAAUCAGCAUCCUCAAAACUAUCCAAGACCUUGGCCUCAAGCUUGAUCUCACUACUCUCAAUCUCCUCUCUGGUAUUGCUCGCCUCUGCUCAACAUGACAUGACCUCGAAUGUGACCGAUCUCAGUGGAACUUGGUCCUCUGGCUGGGGAUCCGUCAGGACCGGUGCUGGAUUCGCUAACCCGGUUAACUUCUCAUUCAACUACCCACCUACAUCUGGGAUCUCGAUGAGCUUUACUAGCGAUGGAUUCUGGGAAGAGGCGCAGUACAGAUUCGUCUCCAACGGUACGAGACCUAACUGUGUCAAGGCGAUUGUUCUAUGGCAACAUGGUCGAUACACGCUCGAAGCUAAUGGCUCAUUGACUACCCAGCCCAUCGAGGCGGAUGGCCGCAUCCAAAUCCAAGACCCCUGUGCAGCUCAAACCUCAAUCAUCACUUAUUACUACCAACCAGGCUUAUAUCAAACCUGGCAAAUCUUCAACGAUGCUCAUCACAACACCUAUAACUUGCAGCUACAAGCAUUUGACAACGCGCUCUUCCCCAGACUCUAUCUCGUCACUCGACCACCCGACAUGCUUCCCACUAACCAACUGACCACCAAGUCAAAAAAAUCCAAACGCUCCUUGCCAGAAGAACAUAGUGGCUCGGCUCAAUCGUCCCCUGGACUCUGGAAGAGAUGGUAUGAUGCUUGGGCCUCCUGAUCCCAAAAUUCCUACUCUCUUCUUCCUUUUCUUUGGAUUCCUUCCUUUCUUCCUUUUCAUUUUGUAGAGCUUGUUUGUGUAAUCCAUAUAUCAGCGCAUCCUGUUUUCUCUCUCUCCUUCCUUUUUUUGUAAUCAGCUUGUCCAUCUCUCUCUCUCACUCUUGCUUCCAUCACCUAACAGUUACGUAACAGUUUCCUGAGCUUCCUUUCACCAGCUUAUUAUCACAUCAAAAAUCACAGACGUCAUUCUCAGUCUCUUUUUUUUCUCUUUCAUUUGGCAUGAUAACUCCUCCAUCUUAUUUAACUUUUCUCAGCUCGGUUGUUAUCGUCUUGCCUUUUUUUAUCCAUAUUCAUACAUCUCUCCUCAAAUUAAUUUUCAUCAAAAAUCUGCAAGUGACAUGCUUCCCCCAACAACCCAUGAUGGUCGCUUCCCAACAAUCGUUCCCAUCCUUGUCUUGUGCUUUCUAUCAGCUGUCUAUCAGGAUGACGACCUUAAACCCAGCAGUACUGAUUGUCGAUAUGGUUCAGGAGUUAACAGUGUUCUGUUUGACACUGAUGUGUUUGUUUGGCUGUGAUCUGCUGUGAUAUAUUGAGAUAUGUUCGAAGAUGGCAGGUUAGUAUUGAUGAUGUAACCAGAGUGAGGGGUUGGCAGGGAGGCCUGCAUGAAAUUUUGAUCAAAUAAGCACGUUUCCAUCACAAUAAA